AUGCUGAAAUCAUUAUUAGUUGCCCGAGGAGUAAAAGUAACUCGGAGUCAGAUUAGUAGUUUUUUAGAUUUUAUAGAGGAAGUAUGCCCCUGGUUUCCCAGGGAUGGAACUAUUAAUAUUGAAACUUGGAAUAAAGUAGGUGAAAGACUCCAGGGCUAUCAUGCUGUGCAUGGCCCUGAGAAGGUACCUAUUGAUACCUUUACGCUUUGGACUCUAAUAAAAGAAUGUCUCAGAGGAGACACGGGAGAUGAGAAGUGGCAGCGGACCACUCGCUCAACAGAAAAGUUAUAUCCUGCCUUGUCGCGAUCAAAAUCUCUUGAUCAUAUCCCUUCGUCUAUGCCAUCGGCACCCCCACCCUCCCCUCCCCAAUAUGAGCAACCUUUGAUUUGUAAAUUAGCAAACGACUUGCCGCCUUGUAAACCUCCUGGCACUAACAUAACAAAGGAUAUUUUACCCCCUGAUGAUUGGGGAGAAUUAGAAAAAGAGGCUGCUGAAUAUCACCGUAAGGAUUUAGUGGCUGUAUUUCCAGCGUUACAAGUUGCUAAUGCCGCUGUGCAGACACAACAGACAGUCAAUCAGGCUCGAUCAGAUCACCUUGCUGUUUCACCUGCCUUUCGAGCAGGGCGAAUGCCUCCCCCGCCUGGAGUAGAUGCUUUGCUUAUGCAACAAUCCCCUAUGCAAUUAGCAUUAAAAGAAGCUAGGAAAGCUGGGGAGACAAUUUAUGAUUUUUCUGGGCACGUUUUUCCCGUGAUACAGAGCCAACAAGCAAAUGGAAACACAGUAAAUGAUUAUGAGCCUAUUCCUUUUAAACAACUCAAAGAGCUCAAAGCUGCUAGUACACAGUAUGGACCAACAGCCCCUUUUACUAUGGCAAUUUUAGAAACGGUGGCUUCUAAUGUGCUUCCCCCUGCAGACUGGCGUAGUUUAGCUAAAGCUGUUCUUACCGGAGGCGAAUACCUCUUGUGGAUGGCUGAAUAUUCUGAUCAGUGUGGUCAAUAUGCUCAGACUCCACAAUGCUUGCGGUUAGGAAUCACUUAUGAACAAUUAGCGGGGGCUGGCGACUUUGCACAUGUGUCUAAUCAAUUGAAUUUUCGACCAGAAGUAUAUGAUUAUAUCAGGCAAAUCGGUCUUUCCUCUUGGAAGAAAUUGCCAAAAUCUGGAGUUAAAAAGGAGGAGCUAACAAAAAUCCGGCAGGGAUCUGAUGAACCGUAUGAGGAAUUUGUAGCUCGCUUACUUCAAGUUUCAGCUAGACUUAUUGAAGAUUCAGAUGCUGCUCUUAUAUUGGUUAAAGAAUUGGCCUUUGAAAAUGCAAAUUCUAUUUGUCAAGCUACACUGCGACCAUGGAAAGGGAAAGCGACCCUUAAUGACUAUGUUCGCCUUUGUUCAGAGAUCGGGCCAGCGUAUGUGCAGGGUGUUACCUUAGCAGCCGCCCUCAAAGGACAAUCAAUUGAACAGGCGAUGGCUAUCCUGAAAUCAGGCAAUAAGCAAAGAGUGCCCGGUCCUCCAGGUAGUUGCUAUACAUGUGGCAAGAUGGGACAUGUAGCAAAAGAAUGUAAAAACAAAUCGGCCCCCUUUAAACAACCUAACAGUAAAGAUCCAGGCAUUUGUCCUAAAUGUAAGAAAGGAAAGCACUGGGCGAAUGAAUGCCAUUCGCGCCGAGACAAAGACGGCAAUCUAUUAGUUAAUACUCCUGGGUUACAGGGAAACGAGAGAAUGGGCCAGCCCCGGGCCCAGAAAACAAAGCGGGGAAUUUUUCCAGUCAGCGAAACGGAUCGCAACACAAAUCCGUUUCAGACCUUACCCGAGCAACUACCAACGGCGCCGGAUUGGACCUCUGUACCGCCUCCCACUUCGUAUUAACCCCAGAAAUGGGAGUGCAAGCAGUCCCUACCGGGACAUAUGGGCCGUUACCAAACAAUACAUGCGGUCUGAUAUUAGGGCGUAGUGGGCUGACAAUGAAAGGGCUAAAAGUACUGCCAGGUCUCAUAGAUCCUG